UCAUGUUAAAUACUACUUUUUUCGCUCGUGGAAGUAUUCAUCAAGGGAGUAGCCUUUUUAGUGAUAUUUCUAGAGGUAGACAAUGUGCUUUUAUGAGUCUUUCAGCAUUAUUGUAUGCCAAUUCGUGCGAUAUUUUGACAUGGACAACCGAGGCUAUCGAUGGAAUUUUAAUCCGGGGAGACGCCAUGUACGUAAAAGCUUUUAAAGAACGCUCUAUACCCGAUGCAGAGACGAUCUCCUUUAACUAUUUGCCAGAUCAAGUCUAUACUUCUACUUUAAGAACGAUAUCGCCUUCCAUGGAGAGAAAACCAAACCAUAACCAAACCAUUCAGUUCUGCCGAUUGUUAAACGAACCAAAGCCAAACGAGACAAUUGCACACAAUCGAAAUAUAUCGCCCAACGAGGCAAGCAAUCAAAAUUUGCCCAACAAGGCAAACAAUCAAAAUAUAUCGCCCAACGAGGCAAGCAACAAUUCAAAUAUAUUGCCCAACGAGGCAAACAAUCAAAAUAUAUCGCCCAACGAGGCAAACAGCAAUUCAAAUAUGUUGCCCAACGAGGUAAACAAUCCAAAUAUAUCGCCCAGCGAGGCAAACAAUCACAAUAUAUCGCCCAAUGAGGCAAAAAAUCAAAAUAUAUCGCCCAACGAGGCAAACAAUCAAAAUAUAUCGCCCAACGAGGUAAAGAAUCACAAACAAUCGCUUUUUAUGGUAAAUAAUACUGAUAUACUUGACAUGGUAGAGCCGAAUGAGGCAAAGUUAUCUGAUAAUUCACAUGUUAUUACAACAAUAAAUUACAAGGAUUUCAUUCAAGGAACGAUUUUUUCUAUAGACAAUCAAAAUGACUCUCCAUAUUUUGAUUUACAUACAGCGUUGAUGAAUACUUUCACGAAUGAUAAUUAUGUAUUUAUAAUACUAGACGGUUAUGUUAUGGCUUUGAUUAAACAUACAGACAAUAGUAUUUAUGUAUUUGAUUCGCAUGCACGUAAUGAAUAUGGUAUGCCUGAUGACAAUGGCACUGCUGUUGUUAUGAAAUGCUGUUAUAUAACUGAACUUUAUCAAUAUUUAUGUUCUCUUGCUAUUGCUUUAAACAGUCAGUUUUUUGAAAUCAUGCCUGUUACUUUUUGUAGUCAUACUAUCAAACAAAAUGAAAUAUCAUGUAUUAUCAAUUCAAAUAAGAUAUAUGAUGUUGCGAAAGAAAAACGGCUUGAAAAAGUUCGAUUGUACAAUAAGAGAAAACGUCUAAAGGAAACACCAUUAGAAAGAGAAACAAGACUGGAAAAGAUGAAAGCAUAUCGAAAAAAUAGAAAGUUAACAGAGACUGAACUUGAAAAACAAACUAGAUUAGAUGCACAGAAUGCAUAUCAAAAGAAAAGAAUUUCUGAAGAAACUGAAUCACAAAGGCGGACUAGAUUGGAUGCACAAAAGGUCUAUAACAAGAAGAGAAUUUCAGAAGAGACUGAAUCACAAAGGCUGGCUAGAUUAAAUGCACAAAAAACAUAUCAAAGGAAAAAAAUUUCUAUACAAACACAUUCACAAAGGGAAAGUAGAUUAAAUGCUCAGAAAGCAUAUUAUGAGAAGAGAACCUGUGAUGACACAGAUAUAGAAACCCAAAGUUAUAAGAAAAGAAGAUUGAACAGUACUUCAAAUGUAAGCGAAACUGAUGCUCAAAGGCAGUAUUUAAAUGAUUUUGGCAGUACUGAAAAUGGAAAGUUGCAUGAACAAAGUUGGGCAAAGAGAAAUAUUGCAAAGUUUUAUAAAUCUAUUGCUUAUUUUGUUUUUAAAUGUAAUGUGUGUCAUGAGGCAUGGCCUUUGAAAUCUAAACCCAGAAAACCAGAUGUUUAUGUGUGCUCAAGAUGUUUGCGUGAUAAAAAAUCCCCUAAAAAGUUUUCAGUUGAGAAUGAAAUGAUACCAUCACCUGUCCCGCCUCAGUUACAAGGUCUUUCACAGGUUGAAGAAAUGCUUAUUGCUCGUGCUCUUCCAAUUAUGAGAGUUUAUAUCAAGCCAGGGGGACAAAGGGGCUACUCUGGGCAUUGUAUUAAUUUACCCCAAAAUAUAAAGGAGCUUGCAUUAUCACUGCCUCGAUAUCCUAAAGACUUAUCUGUGAUUAUUGUUAAGGUUAAAGGCAGAAAUGAUAGUUAUAAAGAUGUUAAUGUAAGAAGACAAAAAGUAACUGAUGCAUUAACAUGGUUGAUUCAAAAUAAUCCUCACUAUUCAGAUGUACAAAUAGAUUGUAUUGCAUUAAAUACAUUACCAGAAAAUGCUGUACCUUCUGACCUGUUGACAGUAGAAACAGAAGACGAAUUUGUGUCUGAUAAUAAUGAACCUGAUUUAGGGCCUCCAACUGACAAUCCUUGUGAAGACAGAGUUUAUAAUGAGUCAAAUGAUAUGAAUAGUUUUCUACCAGUUAGUCAACAACAGGAACAGGAAGUCGAAGCUGUUAGACAACAGCUGUCAGGAGACGAGCCAAUGUCAUGGCCUAAUGUGGAGGAUCAACCUUUAAAUGAAUAUCAAACUCCCUUUUUAGCAACUAUGGCAUUCCCUACUUUAUUUCCUGAUGGUAAGGGAGAUCCCACCAAUCAAGCACUGAUAAGGGAUGUUACUCUUUUAGAUAGGGUAAGACACUUAAUAAAAUUUGCUGAAAGCAUAAACGGUAAGUGGGUUUAUCGUUUUGCUAGCCACCCUAGGUUUUCUUACUGGGCGUUCAAUAUGAUACAAAGAAAAAGAACCCUUGAACAAACAGGGAUUUUUCUUAAGCAAAACCCUAGUGAAGCACAUUUAACUAUUGAUGAACUUCGUGAAAUGGCAGAAAGUAAUGAUUCAGCUUUGUUCUUGUCAAAAGUGUCUAGAUAUGUUGCUAAUAUUGCAGGCACAAAUGCUUAUUGGCAUAAAGUAAAAGAAGAUUUAAAAGCUAUUGUAACAAGUGUUGGAACACCAACAUUCUUUUUUACUUUUUCAUCAGCUGACAUGCAUUGGCCUGAGCUACAUUGUUUAUUUCAUGAUCGUGCUGAUUUAGAAUUAUCCAGUCAAGAUAGACGACAAAAUGUUAUUUGCAAUCCUCAUAUUGUGGAUUGGUUUUUCACACAGAGGCUAGAGAGCUUUGUAAAAUAUUGGUUGUAUGAUACACUUGAUGCUAAAUGGCACUGGUACAGGUUUGAAUACCAAGGUCGUGGUAGUAUCCAUUGUCAUGGUACUGCCAAACUUAAAAAUGACCCAGGUUUGUGUGAUUUAACUAAGAUUGCAUUGAAAGGAUACUUAGCUCAAAAAUUCAAAGAUGAAAAUGUUGUAGAAGAUUCAACUCAGUUGAACCAGGAUAUUGUGGCUGGGAAUGAAGCUGCCCAAACUGCAUGUAAAUAUGUUGACUGGUUAUUAUCAACAAUGAAUCCAAACCCUCCAGAUGAAAACAUGUGGAUAAGGCCAGACAUGCACCCAUGUCAAAGACAAUAUAAGGAUAUCCCUGAAUGGGAUAUGGAUUCUGAUUAUGUUGAUCUUCUCAACAUGGUACAACGUCACACACGUUGUAGUACAAGCUAUUGCUUGAGAAAAAAAAGCAGUGAAAAAGAACUAAAAUGCAGGUUUCAUUUUCCAUAUGAUCACUGCACUCAGACCAAAAUAGAGUUUGAAAAAGUCCAUAGUAAACACAGUAAUGAUGAGCAAUACAGAGCAAGGAUUGUUACAAAGAGAAACGAUUCCCGAUUAAACAAUAACCAACAACUUCAGCUGCAAGGCUGGAGAGCUAACUGUGACAUUCAGGUGGUUAUUGACCAUUAUGCUUGUGUAGAAUACCUUACUAAAUAUGCUGCAAAAGGAGAACCAAGAUCACCUCUGAUCAAACAGGCAUUUUUGUCAAUUGUUCUAAAUGCUAAUUCCACUAGUAAUCCACAUAAAGCUAUUAAGAAAGUUGUCAUGAAAACUCUUGGUGAAAGAGACUAUGCAGCCCAAGAAACAAUGCACCAUUUACUCUCGCUUAAGCUCCAUAGUUCAUCAUUCAAAGUUAUUCCAAUAAGCCUAAAUGGCUCACGUCGUGUAAGAAUCAAUCAAUCCGAGUGCAACUCUGAAGUUUCAUGUACCAGUAACUCACUACUUGAUGUUUAUGCCAAUCGUGAGCAAUAUGAUACUACCCAACAAGUUCUUAAUAUGAAUUUUAUACAGUUUGCAACAACAUUAAAAGUUGUUAAUGGGAAAUUGGAAAAAUUGCCUGAAAAUGUGAUUCCACGUAUAUUUCCUACAUAUUCAUGUAAUCCAAAAGGACCAAAUUUUGCAAAGUAUUGUAAGUAUCAACUUCUUAGGUACAAGCCUUGGAAGAUAAAUGAAAACAAUGCUUGGGGAAGUGAAGAGCCAACUGAUGAGACAUUCAUCAAUUCAUGGCAUGAUUUCUUGCAGACACAGUAUGCACAAACAAAUGUACCAGAUUGGUUUGAUAAACUCCAAAAUGUUAUUCAAAAUCAAGAAUCUGAAAUAGAAGAGUCUCCGGAAGUAGAGCACAUCAAUCGCGAAGAGUGGAUGAUAAUAUCUGAUAGAAAUACACAGUUUGAAAAUAAUGGUCAAUCAUCAAGUGAACCAUAUAACUGGCAGAAUGAUAGAGUUCAAUACACUGAACAACAAAUUGCUGAAAUGCCUUCCUGGAUAACAAAUAAGAAAGAACAAUCUUCUGAAUUUCAAAUUGAAAAUGACGAAGAAGCAGAUAUUAAUACUUUAACUGAAAUGCAAAGACUUGCCUAUGAUAUUGUUAACUCUCAUCAGUUAGAUCACUCUGAUGACAAGGAACCAUUAUGUCUUAUAAUAGUAGGUGUCGCUGGCACAGGCAAAAGCUACCUCAUCAAUGCAUUGCGCAACUUAUUGCAAAACAAGUGUGCAGUCACUGCUACAACAGGUAAAGCUUCAUAUAACAUUAAAGGUGUUACCAUACAUUCACUUCUUAAACUACCAGUAGGUCCUAGAGGCAAUAAAGACCUUUCUGGGCAAAGCUUAUUAAGGCUCCAAGAGAAUUUCAAAGAAAUAGAUUAUAUACUAAUAGAUGAGUAUUCAAUGCUUGGCCAAACAACACUUGGUUGGAUUGAUAAACGUUGUAAGCAGGCCAAAUCCAUUUAUGAUAAAGUUGAUGGUGGUCUUUCACUGAUCUUAAUUGGUGAUCCAGGUCAGCUACCUCCAGUAGCAGAUAAACCACUGUACCAUGCACAGCCUUCUAAUUAUAUUGGAGAACAAGGAUAUUUAACUUACAAAAUGUUUGAUAAGGUCGUUAAACUGACAGUUAAUCAAAGAGUUGAGGGUUCAUCUUAUGAACAACAGCAAUUCAGAGAUUUAUUGCUAAGGCUGAGAAAGGGUGAAUCAACUACUGAAGAUUGGAAAUUGUUGUUAACCCGACAACCUUCUAAUAUAGAAAAUAUUGAAGAAUUUGAUGAUGCUACCAGGUUAUUUUACAGUAACGAGGAAGUUACUUCUUAUAAUAAUGAACAAGUAAAUAAACUUCAACAACCAUGUGCUAACAUAAAUGCCCGUCAUUCAUCUGCCCUUGCUAAAACUUUGCCAUCAGAUGAAAUGUAUGGCUUAGAACCAACAAUAUCUCUUGCAAAAGGAGCUAAAGUAAUGUUAACAAUGAAUCUGUGGGCAASUGUUGGUCUUUGUAAUGGAGCAACAGGCACUGUUGUUGACAUAAUAUAUGCAAUUAAUCAUAGACCACCUGAUUUACCUAUAGCUGUUAUAGUGAAAUUUGAUGACUAUAGAGGUCCUUCAAUUAGUGAAAAUUUACCAUCAUGUGUACCUAUCUGCCCAAUCACUGCAUCCUCCCAGUCAAUAGAAGGAAUUCAUGAGAGGCAACAGCUUCCACUUAGACUUUCAUAUGCUCUCACAAUUCAUAAAAGCCAAGGGCUUACAUUAUCUAAAGCAUGGAUUAAUAUUGGUAAAUCAGAAAAGACACCUGGUAUAUCAUAUGUAGCUAUUAGUAGAGUUAAAACAUUGGCAUCCUUAGUUAUUGAACCAAUGAGCUUUGAAAGGUUGACAAGUGUCAGAUCAUCUACAACAUUACAGUAUAGGCUUAGAGAAGAGUCUAGGUUAGAUGACCUUGCACAAUUAACAAACAAUGCUUUUCAUUAUCAUUAGGUUUGAGUAACAAGGCAAAACAAACACCAAAAUACCACACUGUAAUUAUAAC